CUCCCUCCCCAGCCCUCUCUCUCACUGCACUACUUGCAACUUUUGAAAACUAGUCUAAUGCAGAAGCACUUACCAUAGACCGGACUCUGUAUCCUUCCUGGGAUUCACCAGCAACCAAGGCUUACUGUUUUUCCUAUCUGCUGAAUAAAGAUCUGGGAUUCACAGUGGAACUUUUGUGCUGCUUUAAAAAUGAUUCCCCUUAGCAAGAAAGGCUCCUGUUCUUCUCAUCUCUGUCUUGCUCUCUGUGCCUUCUGGCUAGUGCUGCUUUGGGAUUUUUCCCAGGCUUUGCCUGUGGAGGAUCAGGAUUAUUACCUACAGGAGAUUAUAAGCAGGGAUCAUUAUUAUUCUUAUCCAGGUCCCGAUGAGGAAUUUUCCCCUUUCACAGAGCAACCUAGAGAGGAAGAAACAGUCCCCGUCGCAGAGGCAGAGGAGCCCCCAAGGUUCAGACCAGGCAAGAAAGAGUUAAAACAGAAGAAAGACAACAAAAAAGAAAAAUCGAUUCUCGAGAUUCCACCAGCUAAAAAUGGCAACAAGAAAGGUGAGAAAAACAAGAAAGGGAAUGAGAAGAUGCCUGAUGGUGACUAUGAAAGUCGAAAUGCCUAUCAAGACCUCAGGGAAAGUUGCCCACCGCUUGGUUUAGAGACGUUAAAAAUUACUGAUUUCCAGCUCCAUGCUUCUACAGUAAAGCGAUAUGGCCUUGGGGCCCACAGAGGAAGGCUUAAUAUUCAGGCAGGAGUUAAUGAAAAUGAUUUUUAUGAUGGUGCUUGGUGUGCAGGACGAAAUGACCCAUACCAGUGGAUUGAAUUAGAUGCUCGAAGGCUAACAAAGUUCACAGGCAUUAUCACACAAGGAAGAAACUCUCUCUGGUUGAGUGACUGGGUGACGUCUUACAAAGUAAUGGUGAGCAAUGACAGUCACGCAUGGAUCACUGUCAAAAAUGGAUCUGGAGACAUGAUUUUUGAAGGAAACAGUGAGAAAGAGAUCCCGGUUCUCAAUGAGCUGCCAGUACCAAUUGUUGCUCGUUAUAUCCGUAUAAACCCUCGAUCAUGGUACGAAGAAGGGAGCAUCUGUAUGAGACUGGAAAUCCUAGGCUGCCCCCUGCCAGACCCAAAUAAUUAUUAUCACAGAAGAAAUGAAAUGACAACCACAGAUGAUCUUGAUUUUAAACACCACAAUUACAAAGAAAUGAGACAGCUGAUGAAAGUUGUGAAUGAAAUGUGUCCGAAUAUCACGAGAAUUUACAACAUUGGAAAAAGUCACCAAGGACUAAAGUUAUAUGCUGUUGAGAUCUCAGACAACCCAGGAGAACACGAAGUUGGUGAGCCAGAAUUCCGCUACAUUGCGGGAGCUCAUGGGAAUGAGGUACUUGGACGUGAGCUCAUACUUCUGUUAAUGCAGUUUAUGUGCCAGGAAUAUCUGGCCGGGAACCAACGCAUUAUACACCUCAUUGAGGACACCAGAAUUCAUCUCCUUCCUUCAGUCAACCCAGAUGGCUAUGAGAUGGCAUAUGAAGUGGUAACAUUACUUGGUUCGGAAUUAGGAGGCUGGUCUUUAGGAAGAUGGACUAAGGACGGCAUUGACAUCAACAAUAAUUUUCCUGAUUUAAAUACCAUGCUUUGGGAAGCUGAAGAUAGGAAAAAGUUUCAGAGAAAGGUCCCAAAUCAUCAUAUUCCAAUUCCAGAAUGGUACCUUUCUGAAAAUACUACAGUGGCAGUUGAGACUCGAGCAGUGAUAGCAUGGAUGGAAAAAAUUCCAUUUGUACUGGGUGGCAAUUUACAAGGAGGAGAACUGGUUGUUGCAUACCCAUAUGAUAUGGUCCGAUCUACAUGGAAGACUCAGGAGCACACACCUACACCUGAUGACCAUGUAUUUCGGUGGUUGGCAUAUUCAUAUGCAUCCACUCAUCGACUAAUGACAGAUGCCAGAAGGAGAGUAUGCCAUACAGAGGAUUUCCAGAAGGAAGAUGGGACUGUGAAUGGGGCAUCAUGGCAUACAGUUGCUGGAAGUAUAAAUGACUUUAGUUACCUGCACACAAACUGCUUUGAGCUAUCCAUCUAUGUGGGCUGUGACAAAUAUCCUCAUGAGAGCGAGUUACCUGAAGAAUGGGAAAACAACCGGGAAUCCCUGAUUGUUUUUAUGGAACAGGUCCAUCGGGGUAUCAAAGGCAUGGUAAGGGAUUUAUCUGGAAAGGGAAUUCCAAAUGCCAUUAUUUCAGUAGAGGGUGUUAACCACGACAUUCGCACAGCGAGUGAUGGGGAUUACUGGCGUCUCCUGAACCCAGGAGAAUAUGUGGUCACUGCAAAAGCGGAGGGCUAUACCUCUUCCACCAAGAACUGUGCAGUAGGUUAUGACAUGGGAGCCACUCUGUGUGACUUCACAAUCAGCAAAACCAACCUCGCACGAAUCAAAGAAAUCAUGGAAAAAUUUGGAAAGCAGCCCAUUAGUCUGUCAAUCCGACGGCUCAGGCAGAGGGCUAGGCAGAGACGCCAGCAAAGAUAGACUACUUUCUCCUUUGUAACACAUGGCAUUUGCAAGUUCUCCUUAAAUCAAAAUCCAUAAUAUUAGUAAAAGUUACAUACCCAACAUUAAUACAUUUUUGUCUAUGUUCUAAUUAGGGUAUUUGUAUACUAAUUCUAAACCUAGAGUUCUACUUCGUAUAUUUGUAUUGAAGAAUCUCUUGAGCUUCUUUUUCCUCUUGAGGUUUUAGGGCUCCAUGUUUUGUUCUCUGUACAAAAUCCAGCUAAAUGGGCAUUGGGUGGCGGGCCUAUGCAAGUUGGUAGAAUGGAAUUCUCCCUUCUUUGCUGUGUCAGCAGCCCUAUACCACUGUUUUUCAGUUGUUGCUAUGCUGUGGGCACCAGAUUUGUGCCUUAUUGACUUUUAAGUAACAAAACGGCAGAGGAUUGUCAGGAGUAAUCCAGGUUGACUUGGGGGAGAACAAACUAGAGAAAUACCAGACAGCUCUUCAGUUGGUGAAAAUCAUUUGCAGCCACUUCCAAUCUACUAUGUUGAUUUACACUAGAGAAGGGCAUAGCCCUACGUUAUUAGUUUCCUGUUGAAAUUCUAUGAAUAAACAUAACAUCCCUUGUAUGCUUGGUAGCAAGAAUGCAGUGUGCACUUUCAAGUACAUUUCUGCUAAAACCAUUAUUAUUUCUGUUAGAGUGUUGCCUUACUCAGUACAUUCUUAUGAUUCCUGGAAAAGGUGAUCACCAAAGUAUCAUUUGGAAUUGAAGAAAAUAAACUUCAAAUAGAAAAUCUUUGGUGAAAAUACAUGUCUGUUAUAUUUAAUUUAUUUCUUCUUGUCAACAACUAAUCUUGUACAUGAAGAAAAGAAAGACAAAGGGUUGCAGAAUCAAUAAUAUACACUAAAAGCAAUCAUCAAUCCUUGCAUAAUAACUAGUUUUAGUCCAUCCUAUGAAAGCUAUUCCAGCACAGACUUAUUCUGUAAAUAUCAUUAAACAACAAUGCUGCCACAGCUGGGACCCAAGGAAAUAGCAGGACUCUCAUUAAAUUUUGUAUUAUUGAGAUGGUUGCAUUAUUUAUUAAGAGCAUGACUCUCUCUCUCUCUCUCACUUACAUUACUGAAGUAUACAGGGUCAAGGCUUCUUAAAUUCCACUCCAAGGUGCAUUUAAAUUGGGUAGUAAAACCUCUGGAUUUUUCAGUUCUCUGGUACAAAUCUUAGGGCACUUUCAUUUAAUUUGAAAAAUUGAGGUUUUCAAUGAAUUGAAUAUGAGGUUAGACUAGAUGAUCACAGUGAUCCCUUCUGGCCUUACAAUCUAUGAAUCUAUGUCAACUGAAUAAUUUAGCCCCCAUGUUAUUUUGAUGUUACAUUUUAUUUAUUUCUCCCUGUCCCCUUCCUUUUAGUGUUCAAUAUGCCACAAAUUUUUGUAGUGCCAACACCUAAUUGUAUUUGCAAGUUGCCAAGGAGAACCGGGAGAUUUUUGCAACUGAGUAGGAGAUUUGUGUGCCUGGAGAGACAUGAGGAGGAAUUUGGGAUUGUGGAAUACUGACAAUAGCAUGGUGUUCCUGUUCACUUGGUCAGCAGUGCAAUAAUUAGUAAUGUUGGCAUUUAAACUGACAUGUUUAGAUUACAGAGCCAACACUCCCAGUUAAAAUAAAUGGGGCAGUUCACAUCACACCUGCUUAAUGUUCCAGGCUCUUUGCAGACUCAAAGCAACACUGGAUAUUGGGUGCGUCUAGACUGGCAAGAUUUUGCGCAAAAGCAGGCACUUUUGCACAAAAACUUGCCUGCUGUCUACA